AUGUGGAGCUUCAACCUGGAAGGACGCGUUGUCACGCUGGGCGAGCGGAAGCUCCAUGUUGAGGAACAGUUGAUCGAAGUCCUCGACCUCGAACUGGGCGAGCGCAGCCUCCUCCUCAAGGCCCGAAACCUCGAAAGUCAGGCCCUUUCUUUGAUCCGGAUGCGCUACCAGCUGGACCCGAGGGGGCUCGACAUGGACACCGAGGAGGCGAAGCGGGAGGUGCGGGAAAUUGCGGAGAACGAGUUCCUUCACGAGUGCGACGCUGUCAAGCUGCUGGGCGACGCGGGGCUGGGACCAAGGUACGCCGACCACUUCAUGUGCUCGCAACCGACCUGGAUGCCCUUCCCCGGUGGAUAUGGCUACGUCCUGGCCAUGACGGUGCCUCCGGGCGAGAACCUGGACGAGAUCAGCGACGAGCUCACCGAUCGUCAGCUGGACGGCAUCCGGACGCAGCUGGCGCGCAUUCUCGAGUUACUGCGGAAGAAGGGCCACAAGCUGGUCGAUCAACACCCGAGCUAUCUGAACUACGACGUCAGCACCAACAAGCUCUACCUAGUCGAUCUCACCCACCUUCGCGGCACCGACCCGGCCGGCAAAACCUCGUUUCCGAUUGACGAGGAGAGCCCGUAUGUGGAAGCGUUCAAUAUCUGGCGAGCACCAUACCGGAAGCCUCAAGAGCGCCCGAAGGAAGCGAGCACGGCGCCGCCACGAUCGGGGGACAACCCCCCUCGUCAGCCCACCAAGAAGGAAAAUCGGCGCCCAUGGAGACAUUGA